AUGAAUAGUCAAUAGAUUGUUGUUUAAUUGGAAAAUAAAGUUUAAGAAUGUCUUUAAGGAGUUUAAUAAUAGUUAGAUGUAAGUUAUUAUAGAUAAUGAUUAGUCUUCUUUCAAAACAAUUGAUGAUUUUCUUGAUGAACUUCUUCUUGUUCCUUAUCCAGCAGUUGUUCCUUAAAACACUGUUAAAUUUGUACCACCAGUUACUUAAAUAUCUUUAACAUCAAUAGAAACAUUAACUAAUUAAUUAAUUUAAGAAGUCAAACCUUUAAUCAAUCUAACUAUUCAUAAACAAAUUAAAAACAAUCAAAUUUAACUUUAAUAAUAAUUAAUACAAACUUAGAAUAUAUAACAAAAUACAAUCAUAAACAAUCAUCAUUAAUUAAAUAUAAAACCAUUUACUUAUAAUUUAUUAUAGAAUAAUUCAAUUUAAUAGAAUGAAUAUUGUUUUACAAUAGCUAUUAAUAAAGAUAAUUCAAUUGUAUUAGCUGG